CCGCCCUUUAUUGUCUCUCCACUUGCACCUCUUCAUCUCUGCAUACAGAACCAGUAUUUACACUCCUCGGAGCUUUCUUUCUUUGGGAAACUAUGGCGUCUCCUGCAUCAGUUAAAAUAGCUUUAAUAUCGACUUGUGUUUUAUCUGUUGCUGUACUGUUAAAGCUCUCAGUUCCUUGGCUAACAUAUUUUGCAGCCUCUGAACUUCCUGUCAUGUAUAGCUUUCUUCUUUCUUGGCUUCGGCCUCCUUAUCUUUAUCUAGUCAUCAAUGGCAUUAUCAUCUCAAUCCUCGCCUCCUCCAAGCUUCAGCCUCAAGAAGCCAAAGAACCCUUAAAGCAAACCGACGUAGUUCUCCCACCAACCACAGUGAUUGUGGCGGCGAAGAGUUCUGACGGCAGUGUAUUGCCUGACUAUAUCGAUGAUGAUGCUGUUGCGGGUGGAUGUUUGUACCAAGAUUGUCCUGUGAGUAAGGUUUCGGAGAAAGAAACGAAAGAGAGUGACGGUGGUGAUCGUGAUGCUGGGGUUUCGCCCAAAUCGGUGCAGCCUCCUCCACAGAGGAGUGAUUCUAUGGAGUUCUUGUUUGAGAAGUUGGCGCAAGAAAAACCGCGAAUCUCUGCAAGAUUUGGUCACAAGAAAUCAGUGAAAGCAAGUCCUGAAGCUGGUAAGGCAACAGUUUUGGGCGUAUCGAAAUCGAAACGGAACGAUACAUUAGAGAGCACAUGGAAGAUGAUAACAGACGGACGUGCAAUGCCAUUAACUAGACAUCUCAAAAAAUCCGACACUUGGGACUCUCAUUUGCGCCGGGACCCGCCCAUACGUAGUCAGAAAAUGAACAAGUCGGAGACUUUUACUGAAAGCAAGUCGAAACUGAGCCAAAGUCGUCAGGGAUCAGGGAAGCUGAAGAAAGAACCAUCUUUGAGUCAGGACGAGUUGAACAAGAGAGUAGAGGCUUUUAUUAACAAGUUUAAUGAGCAAAUGAGGUUGCAGAGGCAAGAGUCAUUGAAUCAGUACCAAGAAAUGAUCAAUCGCGGGGCUUAUUAAGAAUCAAGAUUUAGAAUUGUGGGUUGUUCAUAUUCGGACUUCCUCUCAGCCAUUCAAGCACAAGAAAAUGGGGACAGAAUCGAGCAAAAUAAGGGUUCGCGAAGGUGCACGAUUUGCAUUGAAAAUUUUUCAGUGUCCAAAUUCCAAAAGUUGUUUUCUAUCCGAGAUAGUUCAACUAAUUUAGAUUCGCAUGCCUGUGUCGGUCUGCUGGACAGUACCUUACAGAUAAUAAAACCAGACUAAACUCAAAACCUUAACUAGAUUAGGAUAAGACCGAACGCUCAGAGCCCCAACAUAUUAUAUGAGAAGGCGUAGACGUUCUCUUUUGUGCAUAUAAAUUUUACUUAUGAGA